AUGGCAGCUCUCAAGAACUUUUGCGCCAGCAUCUUCUACUGCUGUACUAGCCGCAGCACUGUCGACUACGAAAAUGUCCUGGCAGACAGCGAGCGUGAAGCCGUCACCGACUUGCUGAACUUCCUCGAAAACAGACAAGAGACCGACUUCUUCACCGGUGGUCCCCUCAAUGCCCUAAGCACACUGGUCUACUCACACAACAUCGACCUGCAACGAAGUGCCAGUUUGACCUUUGCCGAGAUCACAGAGCGAGAUGUGCGCGCUGUCGAUAAGAACACCCUCGAGCCCAUCCUAUUCCUUCUUGAAAGUAGCGAUAUUGAGGUACAAAGAGCUGCUAGUGCCGCUCUGGGAAACCUCGCUGUUGAUGCACACAACAAGAUCCUUAUCGUUCAGCUUGGUGGCCUUCAACCGCUGAUCAGACAGAUGAACUCGACCAAUGUCGAAGUGCAAUGCAACGCCGUCGGUUGCAUCACAAACUUGGCUACUCACGAAGACAACAAGGCAAAGAUUGCUCGUUCAGGUGCUCUGGCUCCAUUGACAAGGCUGGCAAAGUCAAAGGACAUGCGUGUCCAACGGAAUGCUACUGGCGCUCUCUUGAACAUGACACAUUCAGAUGACAACAGACAGCAGCUUGUCAACGCUGGCGCUAUCCCCGUCCUCGUCCACCUGCUUACUUCACCUGAUACUGACGUCCAGUACUACUGCACAACUGCUCUCAGUAACAUCGCCGUCGACUCCUCAAACCGCAAGCGCCUUGCCCAGACCGAGCCCCGCCUUGUGCAGUCACUAGUCAACCUGAUGGAUGGCCAUGCUCCCAAGGUACAAUGUCAGGCAGCUCUUGCUUUGCGCAACCUUGCUUCGGACGAAAAGUACCAGCUCGAAAUUGUGCGCAAUGGUGGUCUUGGCCCUCUUCUUCGACUUCUUCAAUCAGCCUUCCUGCCCCUUAUCCUCUCAGCCGUUGCUUGCAUUCGUAACAUCUCGAUUCACCCCAUGAACGAGUCACCUAUCAUUGACGCCGGCUUCCUCAAGCCUCUGGUUCAUCUGCUCGGCAGCACCGACAACGAAGAGAUUCAAUGUCAUGCCAUUUCCACCCUUCGCAACCUUGCCGCAUCAUCAGAUCGCAACAAGCAACUCGUUUUGGAAGCUGGAGCCGUCCAAAAGUGCAAAGAGCUUGUCCUAGAAGUCCCGGUUAACGUCCAGAGCGAGAUGACUGCUGCUAUUGCCGUUCUCGCCCUCAGUGAUGAGCUUAAGCCUCACUUGUUGAGCCUCGGUGUCUUCGAUGUUUUGAUUCCCCUGACUGAAAGCGAAAGUAUCGAGGUUCAGGGUAACAGUGCUGCUGCUCUGGGUAACUUGUCAAGCAAGGUUGGUGACUACUCCAUUUUCUUGACCAGUUGGAACUCUCCCUCCGGUGGUAUCCAUGGCUACCUGUCUCGUUUCCUCGCGUCUGGAGAUCCAACCUUCCAACACAUCGCCAUCUGGACUCUGCUACAGCUUCUCGAAAGCAACGACACUCGCCUUGUCAGCACCAUUAACUCUGCCGAAGAUGUCAUGCAGAUGGUUCAAGACAUUUCGGAGAGACAAGUUGAGAGCGACAACGAGGAUGGCAGCGAAGAUGGUGAAGCUGAAGUUGUCGGACUCGCUCGCCGCUGUCUAGAGAUCUCUAGCGGUGACGGCAACAAGAAGGCCCUUUCUGAAGGAUGA